AGUUUCAUACUAGAGUGGGAGUAACUACCAUGUGCCCCUUCCACAUAACGUGGAUCCAAAGAGUGUACAAGAUUAUUACUUCGAAUGUCUUAAUACAUUUUACUCGUCAGUUGAAAAACGAUAAUUCUCUCAUAUCAACACUGUCAGAAUCAUUAUUAAAUCAACCGAAUACAAAAAUGAGUCUCCAGGAUGUGAUAAAGGCAUGGAAAAAUGCCGAUGCUGUUUCUUUUGAUGUUGACUCAACUGUUAUUCGUGAUGAAGGUAUCGAUGAACUUGCAAAGUUCUGUGGUAAAGGAGAUCAAGUUAUGGAUCUAACAAGGAAAGCGAUGCAGGGUAACAUGACUUUCCAACAAUCAUUAACAGUCAGGCUUAAUAUUAUUCAACCAAGUCUACAACAAAUUAAAGAAUUUAUUCAAACACAUCCACCAAGACUUACACCAGGAAUAAAAGAAUUGGUUGAUGAGUUACAUGAAAGAAAUAAAAAAGUUUUUCUUGUAUCUGGUGGAUUUCGUUGUUUGAUAUCUCCAGUUGCUGGACAAUUAAACAUUGCUCAGGAUAAUAUUUGUGCAAAUCGAUUGAAAUUCUAUUUUAAUGGUGACUUUGCUGGGUUUGAUGAGAACGAGCCAACAUCAAGAAGUGGAGGCAAAGCUGAAGUAAUCAGAAGGUUAAAGGAAAAAUUUGAUUUUAAAACAAUCGUUCACGUGGGAGAUGGAGCGACAGAUCUUGAAGCUAGUCCACCAGCUGACGCGUUCAUUGGAUUUGGUGGAAACGUCGUUAGAGAAAGUGUGAAAAAUGGAUCUCUCUGGUUUGUAAAAAACUUCCAGGAACUUCAAGAUGCUUUAAACUAGUAAGAGAAUCAUUAAUUAGAAAUGAUAUUAUGUUUAGUGACUAUUUUAAACUUAUUUUUUACUUAGCGAAAUGGAUCAAAGUAUCAUAUAAAAAAUUUUGUAAAACUAAUAAGAAUAAAUUCAAGAUCAGUAACAAGUAAACAAUUAAGUAAAGUAGAUAACAUUUCAUCUCGAUGUCAUCAAUAAAGUUUAAGGAUAUAUAUAUAUAUACAUAUGAAUCUUCAUAAUUUCUCUUGAAUAAAUUCGAAAAUAUAAGUUUAAAAAAAUUAAUAAAAUUUAGGAACA